AAGGCGUGCGCCACCACCGCCGGGAUUGAAGGCAUUUUCUCAACGGAGGAUCCCUUCCUCCCCAUGACUCUAAGUUGUGUCAAGUUAACACACAAAACCAGACAGUACACACAUAAAAUGAAAAUAAAUAAUAAAUCUAAAAUAAUAACAAUAGCUGAGAGGUACCGGUGUCUGCGUUGGGGCCUUUUACUCAAGAGGCAGAGGCAGGUGGAUCUCUGUGAGUUCCAGACCAGCCUGAAUAUGCGUAAGUAAAUAAUUAAAGGAAGCACAGUCACGGGGGUCGUCGUAGACUAGAAGGAUGCUGAUCUUCCCGGAGGAGAGGGGUUCGCUAAAGCUGAACAGCUGAAUGGCGAUUGCUGCGGAGCCCGGGUGUUCAACGGUUCUGCUAAAGACGGACUCUGCUUCCGAUUCUGUCUCUGCUUUCAUCCUCCGAUUUCAAAUCCCGCGAAGGUCAGAGCCACAGCUGAGCUGAUGGCUGGAGACUGGAGAACUUUCCCUGGUGACGUUGUUAGGAAAGGCUGCCUGGGGCGGAAGAGUGGCGGGGCGGGUCUCGGGAUGAAGGCAGGGGAGGUGCACGGGUGGGGGGGGUGCACCAGGGGGGUGGCAGCCACGUUGGGGACAGGCGGCCUAGCUCCUCGGCCCUGGGCCGGAUCCACUCAGGCUGGGACAUUGCCCGAUGCCCCCGGGGUCCUGAGCAUAGGAGAAGGCGGUCCACUAGGAUCCCACAUCACGGCGCUGCCCAGACCCGGGGUUACUCUUCGACGGCCUCCAGGCGCCGGGGACAGGAAUUGGAUCUUUCCUGCUGCCUCAGAGCAGGCCGCCCGGUGAGCUCCGGGACAGGUAUCUGUUCAAGAGAAUGCAACCUAUGCUCACAUAGACCUUCAUACGUGAACACUCACAGCAGCUUCAUUCAUGACAGCUCCGAAUGGGAAACAGCUCAAGUGUCCAUCAAGGCAUCCUGACCCGGUCCAUGACCUUGGAAGGCUGACCCACUAACCAGAGGACGCUGGCAGCAGGACAUGGGAGCCCAGCCCUCGCGAUGGCAGGUGACCGAAGCUCCGCACGUGGCUCUGGCCGAGCUGCCCCCUGAGCUGCUGGUGCAGGUGCUGAGCCACGUGCCUCCUCGCGCGUUAGUGACCCGCUGCCGACUGGUGUGCCGCACCUGGCGCGACCUGGUAGAUGGCCCAAGCGUAUGGCUGCUGCAACUGGCCCGCGACCGCAGCGCGGAGGGCAGGGCCCUCUACACCUUGGCCCAGCACUGCCCCACCGACGGCGACCGCCACGAUGAGUUCCCACUCUGCGCUCUGGCCCGCUUCUGCCUGCGAGCGCCGCUCGGCCGCAACCUCAUCUACAAUUCCUGCGGAGAACAGGGCUUCAGAGGUUGGGAAGUAGAGCACGGUGGGAACGGCUGGGCAGUGGAAAAGAAUUUGACGCUGGUGCCAGGGGCUCCUUCCCAGACCUGCUUCGUGACUUCUUUUGAGUGGUGCUUCAAGAGGCAGCUUGUAGACCUGGUAAAGGAAGGAAUGUGGCAGGAGCUGCUGGAUAGUGCCCAGAUUGAGAUCUGCAUAGCUGACUGGUGGGGCGCCCGUGAGAACUGCGGCUGCAUUUACCGGCUUCGGGUCCGCCUACUAGAUGAAUAUCAAAACGAAGUGGUCAAGUUCUCUGCCUCACCCAACCCAGUCCUUCAGUGGACUGAGAGGAGCUGCCGACAAGUCUCUCACGUCUUCACUGACUUUGGCAAGGGUAUCCGGUAUGUGUCUUUUGAGCAGUAUGGAAGAGACACUCGUUCCUGGGUGGGACACUAUGGUGCCCUUGUGACCCACUCCAGUGUGCGGGUCAGGAUCCGUCUGUCCUAGCUGACCAGCCUGAUUGGGACUUCCAGGACACAUUGCCUUCUCCUGGAUGGUGUUAAAAACCACAAGUGGCUUUGCAGUCCCCAGCUGAUGGGUAUCUGGGGAAAAGAGGAGAUCCUGUAUGGCCCUCCUGCUGUGACAAACCAGGGACUACCAGCUUGUUCAUAGCUUCUGUCUCUCAAGCAGGGACUACCAUAAUGUGACACAGACAUCUCUAGGUGGCUAAGCCGGAGAACCACUUCAUGUAUGUUUGUUUGUUUGUUUUUGUUGUUGUUUUGUUUUUCGAGACAGGGUUUCUCUGCGUAGCCCUGGCUGUCCUGGACUCUCUGUAGACCAGGCUGGCCUCGAACUCAGAAAUCCGCCUGCCUCUGCCUCCCAAGUGCUGGGACUAAAGGCGUGUGCCACCACCGCCCGGCUACCACUUCAUGUAUGGAUCCCAGUGGGUAAACUGUCAAAAAAAAGCAAACCAAGUUGGACCUGAGAGCACUCACUUCUAGUCCCAGCAUCUAGGUAAAUGCAGGAUUGGGAGUUCAAAGUCAUCCUCAGCUGUAUACUGACUUCAAGGCCAGCCUGAGCUACAUGAGACCUUGUCAAAAAAAAAUACAAUAGACCAAGUUCAGAAUUAUAACAAAAGGAGAAAGCUACUUAUAAGAAGACAGUGAGACCCAGGUAGCCAACGGCCUAUGAGCAGCAUGCUAAGUUUUACUCUGACUACUGUGAUACAUAUCUUACCCACGAUUCUCCAUCUGUGAGGAAGACACGCUGCAGUGGUCAGAAACACAUAGAGAACGUGAAAGACUAUUACCAGAAAUGGAUGGAAGAGCAGGCCCAGAGCCUGACUGACAAAACAACGGCUGCAUUUCAACAAGGAAAGAUCCCUCUGGCUCUGUUCUCUGCUCCUCUGUCUGCAGGGGCCAUGAUCCUACCUCCCCUGUCUCCUGGUUUUUCCUCCAGCUGGCAUGAUGCCUGCACCCCACAUGGGAGCCCCUCCCAUGAUGCCAAUGAUGGGCCCUCCUCUUCCUGGGAUGAUGCCUGUGGAACCAGCUCCUGGGAUGAGACCACUCAUGGGAGGCCACAUGCCCAUGAUGCCUGGGCCUCCAAUGAUGAGACCUCCCGCCCGCCCUAUGAUGGUGUCCACAUGGCCCAGGCAGACAGAUAAGAGCAGAAACACUCUUUAUCGUUUUGUAUUUCUUGUUCUGUUUCACCAGGAGGUCUUGGUGCUGAACUACUGGGGGCCGACUUUUAGCAGAAAGCGGCUAUCAGCUUUGCAGCCAUCUUGAGCCAUAUACCCUGACAUGAGACUUAGAUUACAAUAGCCUGCAACAGCUGAGCACACUCUGAUAAUCUUGGUUUAGAUACCUUGGGUGCAUGAGAUUAAAGGUGUGUAACUUAAGAGUAUGACUUAGAAGUAUAGAGAUCAGAUUUAGAGACAAGACCUAAAGGCAUGAUUAUAGGUGUGACCAAAAGGCAUGGCUUAGAAGUGAGACAUAUAAAAGGCAGAGGCAGACGGUAGAGAAUCAGACACUUAUAGGAGACACUUUAAGGAGACACUUAGAGGAAGAGAGACUGAAGAAUAAACGGGAUUGAAACACUC